AUGGCAACAGAAUCCACAACAACAAUGACUUUUGUCAGCAUCUUCAUCUGGGCACUUGUCAUCUGCACUCAGGAAUCCAGUGGACAGUAUACUGUGACUCAGACUCCAGCAGUGAAAUCUGUUCUCCCAGGAGACACAGUCGCUCUGAGCUGUAAAGUCAGCAGCGCAGUGUACACUUGCAGCAAUAACAACUACCUAGCCUGGUACCAACAGAAACCUGGAGAAUCUCCCAAACUCCUGAUCUAUGGUGCAAGUACCCUUCAGUCUGGGAUCCCAACUCGUUUCAGUGGCAGCGGAUCUGGGACUGACUUCACUCUGACCAUCAGUGGAGUCCAGGCUGAAGAUGCAGGAGAUUACUACUGUCAGAGUGAACACUACCCCAGUAGUAGAGAUGUGUUAACUUUCGGACCCGGGACCAAGCUGCUUGUGAAAUCUGGAAGCCCCAUUGCUCCUUCCUCCGUCUCCGUGAUCCCUCCCUCCAUGCUGGAGCUCAACACAAAGAACAAAGCCACCCUGGUCUGCCUGGUGAAUAAUUUCUACCCCGAUGCCGUGGAUAUCAAGUGGAAAGUGGACGAGGUGGUCCAGACCAGUGGUGUGCUGACCAGCUCAAUGAAGCAGAAGGACGGCAAAUACAGCGCAAGCAGCAGCUUGACCCUGACCAAGGCCCAGUGGGACCAGAAGGAGAAGUACACCUGCGUUGUGACCCACGAGGCCGUGAGCACUCCAAUGAGCGAGACCAUCUACAAGAGCCAGUGCACACUGUUGGAUGCCUAGAGGGAGAAAGAAUCCCGCUGCUUGUAAUGUCCAGCUUUCUUUGGGUAUUAAUUAGGAGGGUCACUGCAAUGUCUUCAUGUAAGAGCAGCAGACAGUGUUCGAAUGGGAAGGGCCCAGUGUGCCUGACCCUUAUGGUUGAUUUCCUUCUAUUCGCUGUGUAGUAGUGCAUCGUCUUUUGUUGUUUUGCUUGUCACUGUUAAUCUAAUAACAAUUGUAUGUUUUGUGUGUUUUUCUCUGAGUGUAGUAAUAAAACAUUAAAAAAAA